AUGCUGCGUCGUUUCUUCUCUUCUUCGACUGCGCACCGCAUGGUGCAGCAACGCGUGCAGGGGCAACUAUCUUUGUUAGCCAUGGAUUCCUCUUCUCCUUUAACGCGCGUGGUGUUUGUGUCUCGCUCGGCCACUGCUGACCUGCAGAGCUCGCUGCCAUUCCCUGUGUCCGCCGCCGCGCUACGGGACUUCAAGGCCAAGCCACAGGAGAAAUUGUAUCUGUACCCAAGCGAGGACAAUGACGCAUUUAAAGACCAACGCGUGUUGCUUGUGGGUCUCGGAGACGCCAACAAGGUGACGCCCAACGUCCUGCGUGACGCCACACACGGCGCGUUGAGCGCACUCAAGGCCAAGCGCGCCAAGGACGUCGUGAUGCAAGUGCCCAACCUCAAGGACUGUACAUUGGACGCUGCGCGUGUCGUGGAGCUGCUGUCCCAGGCAUCCAUGCUGUCCAACUACCAGUUCGAUCAGUACCUCACGGACUCCAAGGACGUCUACGGAGAGAACAAGCUACGACUACCUCUGGAGCAGAUCUACCUGGAUACGUCAGCUGAGUUCCAAAAGAACGUGGCGGAGCAGGUGGCUGUCGGCGAAGAAACCAUCUUUGCACGUAACCUUGGCAAUGGACGCUCGCACAUUGUGGACCCUGCGUUCAUGGAGGAGGUGGCGCGUGCGUCGACUGAACUUCCCAAUAUGACGGUCCGCGUGCUGCAACAGGAAGAUCUGGAGAAGGAAGGCAUGAAUAUGUUCCUGAGUGUUGGUCAGGCAGGUGUGUGUCCUCCUCGUCUAGUUAUACUAGAGUACAAGGGCAACCCGGACUCGGACGAGAAGGUUGCACUGGUUGGCAAAGGUAUCACGUUCGACACUGGCGGCUUGAACCUGAAGCCGACCGGCGCUAUCGAAGACAUGCACACGGACAUGUGUGGCUCUGCUGCUGUACUUGGAGCUGUCCGCGCUGCUUCUCGUCAGGGUCUCAAGGUGAACAUCGUCUGCGCCCUAGCUCUGGCUGAGAACGCGAUCGGAUCCAAAGCUGUGAAGCCGCUGACGAUUGUCAAGUCGCACAAGGGCAUCACAGUAGAGAACAACAAUACGGAUGCUGAAGGGCGUCUGGUGCUUGGUGACGCCAUGUCGUACGUCCAGAAAGAGUACAAACCCAAGAAGAUCAUCGAUGUGGCAACGCUUACUGGUGCGUGUAUGGUUGCGCUGGGUGAGCACUGCGCUGGACUAUUCUCCAACUCGGAUGAUCUGGCCAAGAAGCUACAGGAGACCGGUACAGAGUGCCACGAACGCUGCUGGCGUCUACCGAUUCUUCCUGAGCACACUGCCGCUCUCAAGGGUUCGCAGUCGGAUUCUCGUAGCACUGGUCGUGGACGCUAUGGCGGUGCCUCCACCGCUGCAGCAUUCUUGCAGCAGUUCGUCUACGAGGGCAUUGACUGGGCACACCUCGACAUUGCUGGACCGUCGAACUACAGCUCUCCCAAGUCGUAUUUCCCUAAGGGUGCCACGGGUUUCGGUGUCCAGCUGCUCUACACGUACCUGAAGGAGCACGAACAGCACUAG